AUGCUUAGAGUUGCGCGAAGUGCCUUCUCCACGGGUACAGUGAGACGUAUGCCACAGUUUGUAGUUGUUGCCUACGAUGGCAAGGAUGAGGGUGCGUUGGAUCGAAGAAUGGCAGUCCGGGGAGACCACUUAGAAGGAGCGAUGAAGCUCAAGAAGGCAGGACACCUAAUUUCGGGCGGGGCGCUGUUAGACUCAAAUGGGAAGAUGAUGGGAUCUAUGAUGACUGUCGAGUUUGCGUCAGAGCAAGAACUCAGAAAGGUGAGUUGGAAAGCUGUUAUGAUUUUCUAA